AACUUGGACACAGGAUUCAACUCGGCUUAUUUAUAAUGGCCUUUCUAAUCAACACAAAUAAAUGUACUUUAUUAUAUAUUGACAACAGACAACAGCUAUAUAUCAAUAAAAGGAAAACAUUUCUAACCCAGGACAACUAGAGAAAAUGUAAGUAUAUAUGAGAAAGUGUGAUGAGGGAGGAGCUGCCAUCAUCAACCCAGACAUGUCAACACACUGACCUGGAUGACGUUAUUUAGGGAGGAUGACCCCAGUCUGAGGAAGUGUGUACGCCAUGGACCCUCCUCUGCCAGAAGGAGCUUCUUUCUUCCUCCGACUAAUUAUUCAAAAAAUUCUCAUAACAUAAAGCAGUUAUUGGUGUCGGGGACUUGGAUGACCCUAGCUGCUAUGUUGCGAUUUAAGCGACCCACCACUCUUCUCUGGGGUCUUGGCCUCUGUCUCGUAUUUUUCUUCUAUGUAUCUCUACCAUCAGCAAAUACAGAUCAGUGUGAGUGUCGUGGUCACCAAAAGGCUGUCACUACUAGUGCAUUUCUUGGUCAGUCACUCUUCCAAGCUCCCAAGACAUUCCCAAAUGACAGACACAAAAUGGCUGUCCUUGUGCCAUUUAGGGAUCGCUUUGAGGAGAUGCUAGAAUUUGUUCCUCACAUUCAUAACUUCCUAAAUGCUCAGCACAAAAAUCACCACUUGUAUAUCAUUAAUCAGGUUGAUAACCUCCGCUUUAACCGAGCGUCUCUCCUUAAUGUGGGCUUUUUAGAAUCAGGUGUUGACUGUGAUUAUAUUGCAAUGCAUGAUGUUGACCUUUUGCCCAUGAAUACUGCAUUGACUUAUGAAUUUCCUCAUGAUGGCCCAUAUCAUGUUGCUGCCCCACAUCUUCACCCACGAUACCAUUAUCCUACUUUCAUUGGGGGUAUACUACUUGUUAAAAGAGAGCACUUUCGUAAGGUAGACGGACUGAGCAACAAAUACUGGGGUUGGGGGCUAGAAGACGAUGAGUUUUUUGCUCGGCUUAAAGAAGCAAAACUUGAAAUAUUCCGCCCUGGCAAUCUCACCUCUGCAACCAAAGAUACAUUCAGGCACAUCCAUGACAGACGUGUGCGAAGACGUGACAUGAUCAAAUGUUAUAAUCAACAAGAAAUUACACGACAUCGAGACCGUCAGACUGGCCUCUCUACCGUUCGCUACAAGAUCCAGAGCAAGAAAGAGGCAAGAUUUUUUGUGAUUUAUUUACUAAACAGUAACAUUAUGACAAUUCAGGGAGCUCCGAUGACAAUAUUGAAUGUUAUCCUUGAGUGUGAUAAAUUUAUAACACCUUGGUGCGAUUGUACAGAAAAUGUUGGCAAUGUGCCAAAAUCACAGCAGAAACCUGAAAAAUUGGAUGAUGUAAUUGUACCUAAGCUUAAUCGUAAAAAGCAUUUAAGUCAAGAUGGCUAAAAUUGUAUCUGAUUUAUUUUAAAAAUUGUAAUACUUCAUAAAGUACAUUUUCCUGAACCCAUUUUCAUUAGGCUUAUGUGAUGUAACUUAAUUUGGAUUAUGUUGUUGAUAGUAGCGAGUGUCUUAGUACUGUAUCAUAUAAGGUUUUGUUGAUGCUAGUACAGUAAUGAUAUACAUGUAUACAGCAUUUCCUAGUACUAGUUAAAUACCAUAUAUCCAAAAUCAUUUCUUUUUCUUUCAGAGAUUCACUAAGGAUAAAAUACUGUAUUUCCAUGGGCUUGUCCAUUUUGCUUUAAAUAGAGAAUCUAAGGUGAUUCAAGGUGAUGCUACAUAAAAUUUGUAGUCUACUUGAAGUCAGGAGCAUAGGUGUCAGCACACACUGCCUCAAGUUGGUUUACAAGUGUGUAAGCAUUGGGCUGGUGCAACAUGAAGAAUUCCUUGACAUUUUUACACCAAACUUUUUUAUUAUUGUUAUAUAUUUUACCCAACCAGGAUAGUAAUUCUGCAUCUAUUCUAGAUCCUGCUGAAUAAUAAUUAUGAUGCAGGCAUAAAAGGUGUCUAACGAACAAUUUCGACUGUAAAGAAUUAAGGGAAACUACAUUGUUCAGUGAAAAGAGAAGGUAAGCAUUGACGUUGACAGUCUUGGCAUUGGAUGAGUAUACAUUGAGUCUGGGUGACAUUGCAACCUCUUGAGAGACUAAAUGGAUUACUAUGUACUUGUUAGGAAAUCAUAUACAUAUAGAGGACAUAGGACAAGUUGAUUACAGAGAAGUGACACUGAUGUCAUUAUGAGGAGUGUCUCAAAGUCUGGACCCAUAGGAAAUAUAGGCUUUAUAUUCUUAAAAUUAAAUAUCUAAUGUUGGUUUUGCAUAUUCAGAAAUUAGAAUGCCCUAAUGGUUUAUUAUGAUAGUUAAGAGAAGGUGGAAUUGCUGUUUUUAUGUGGAUACCUGAAAUUCAUGGAUUAUCCCAAAAUCUAAACAAUAUUACAGUACUGAAGGAAAACAUUCAAAAUGUUUGCUAUCAGAUUAUUGUUUCCAUCUUUGGAAGUUUAAAAAAAAUUGAUGACAAUAUGUAUGUGGAUGGCUCAAUGGUAUUCAGUUUGGAUAAUAAGCAAAAUUGUAAGUUUUACAUUUUUCCCUAUGGACACAAUAUGCUGGGAUUCCCUUUAUAAGAAGGCAUCAAAUUACCGACUUGACAUCCUCCAGUAAUCCAAUACACGUUUUUUGAUGAUCACGAAAACUUGCUGUUGUGUGGCUGUGUGGACACUGAUACAUCUUGCUCAUCUCACCAGUUUCCAUGAGUUCUACCCAAAACGAUGUUUUCUGGUAAGUACAGUUUCAUAAAUUGUUAGAAAUGCAGUGUAUCCACUCUUAAAGAGAGAGUUCAAGAUCUGGAUGACUCGGGAUAUGUGGCAUUUUUAACUCUGCUGUGUAAGAAUUUGUUGGUGUGAUUAUUUUUCCCUAGUACAGUGGACCCCCGGUUUACGAUAUUAUUUCAUUCCAGAAGUAUGUUCAGGUGCCAGUACUGACCGAAUUUGUUCCCAUAAGGAAUAUUGUGAAUUAGAUUAGUCCAUUUCAGACCCCCAAACAUACACAUACAAACUUCUCUUUCUUUCAACACACCGGCCGUAUCCCACCGAGGCGGGGUGGCCCAAAAGGAAAAACGAAAGUUUCUCCUUUUACAUUUAGUAAUAUAUACAGGAGAAGAGGUUACAAGCUCCUUGCUCCCGGCAUUUUAGUCGCCUCUUACAACACGCAUGGCUUACGGAGGAAGAAUUCUGUUCCACUUCCCCAUGGAGGACACAUACAAACACACUUACAUAAAUACACUUACAUAAUUGGUCGCAUUGGGAGCUGAUCGUAAAGCGGGGGUCCACUGUACUGUAUAGGGUUUUCCACUGGUGAUAACUUAUAAAUUGCAAUUUAUUAUGUGUAUAAUAUUAAUCUGAUAUUUCAGCUAGUAUGUACUUGUACUGUUUAUUUCUUAAAAGGUACUAUUAGCAUACAAUUUAUUUCAUCUGGGACCAUUGUCACAAUAGAAUGAAACAUCAUCUAAAGACUUAUUUCCACUUUGUGAGUUACUGGCAGUUGUGGAUCUUCACUUUUUUGUAUAUAGUUUUGAGUCGUCAAACUUCAUCAUUGGUGCUUAAAGGAUAAAACCACUAUCACAAGCAGAAUAGCUGGUUUACACAUAGUUGUUAAUAUUUACUGGUAGUUUAAAAUCAAAAUCAUAUCAUAAACUAUACAAAUGUUGUCUAACCAUAUUAUCAUUUCAUAUUUAGCCAGUCUACAUAUUACAUAAAUCAUAAACUUGCCUAUACAUAAUGAAAUAGCAUUUGAACAAUUGUAUAAAUAUGGUCGGGUUGUUGCAAUGAAGCCUUAUUCUCGCUAUGUAAAGGAAUUCAAAGAUGAUGAAGUCAUACCCAAUAUACAUAUUGAAGUUGUUCUCCCAGGUACUGUAUGACCCCAUGAAUGCAGUAAGUAAUAAUAAUUGAAGCCAAAACUGUAAAAUCGUUGUAGGUAUGAGGGUGAUCAGUUAAAUGGCAAUAAUAAUGGACUGCAAAAGAAAGGAGAUUUACUUAAGGAAAAAUGAGUAUGGAAAGACCUACCUAUAUGUUACUCAGGAUGAUUGCUGACAGCAUCUUACGUGUUGGAAGCUUGCAUUUUAUUCUUUUACGUGUGUGUAAGAAGGGUUCUUGUGGUGGGAAGGUUUAUCAUUUAGCCAACCUUGUACAUGUGUGGGAGGCUUCAAGACUCUUGGGAUAUGAGUAAAUAUUUUUUUUAUUCUUUGUGUUUACAUAUUUUUUGUGUGAUUGUAAGGGCAUGAUUGUAUUUUAUAUAUUACAUAUGUUGACUUAUAUAAUAUUUUUAUGACACUACUUUUUAAACUUCAUUUUCUACCAUUGCACAUUUCAGGUAUUAUAACAUAGACUCUAGUUUAUACAAUAAUGCUGUAUUAGUGCAUUUUGAAGUGUUUUUGAUUUUAGGACUGGGCAUUGAAAAAUGUGUGUACUGUAUAUUUCAGUUUCCAAAUGCUUUCAUGGAAUAAUACUCUGAUGCUAAUACAAGAUAUUAUCUGUGCCUGUUUUAUAAUUUUCUCUAUUUAGAAUUCGCUCAAAUUCAGAAAAGGAAUUUUCUCAUUUAUAAUUAUUGUAUAUCUGCAAAAUUUGGGAUAUGGGGGCAAUGAAUCUCAAAAUCAUUGACCCACAUUAACAGUAAAUACAGGUUGCAUCUUUUUUGUGUGAAUGAAGACUGUAAAGUGUACAGAAAUACCUGUUUUUGCUAAUGUAUUUUUUGCCUAAUUUGCUGUUGGUUUUUGUGUGUUAGUGUACAUAAAACGAAUUAUAAGGCAUGUUUGCACAUGCGAUAUGAUCACAGUAAAUAAUAGGUGAUAUCACAAUAUGCAAAAUUACCAAGGUAAAAAAAAUAGUGAAAUUCCAUGUGUUUUCAUGAUUUCUCACAUUAUCAAGGAACAUUCAAAAUAAUCUGUUGUCCUGUUCUAUUUACUAUUUCUUGAUAAUGUGAGAAAUCAUGAAAGAGGAUGGAAUUUCACUAUUUUUUCACUGGUAAUUUUGCAUGUUUGCACAUGUCAGACUACCUCUGAUCAGUCUAUAAGCAAAAGCAUUGACACAACUAACCAGGUGUGCUUCUGGUACUUGUUAUACAGGCAAGUAAGGAGGAUUACCCUUGGUUGUUCUAGGAAUUUCCAGUGUUUAAUAGUAUUUUAUUUUGCAAGUUUGUCAGAUAGCUAAUAUAUUAUUGGAAACAUUGUUCUCUUGAUUGACUGCUGUUGCAAUGCUUAAACCAACUAACCAUUAAAAGACCCAUUAUUAUUCAUAGCUCAAAUUUUAACUUGAAAAUCCAAUAAAACUAAACAACUGAUAUAUAGUGUUUAUAUUGGAUUUACUGUGUUUGUUUGCUUUUAUAAACCAGCUAUAUGUGUGACAGUAUUAUGGUGCCAUAAAUUUCAGUAUAAUGUGUAAUUUUAUUCUGCAAUAAAGAAAAUUUGCUCAUG